AGGAAUUUAAAUUUGCCUACGCUCCGUCAAAACAACGGAUAGGAUCCUUUCUUAUAAAUUCAAAAAAAAAAAACCAUUCCUUCAUUUAUUUGGAGAAAUGUCGAAGACUACUAAUCAGAACCGGCGGCCUUCUUUCACCUCGUCGACGGAAUCGUCGAUGAGGAAACGUCACGGACCACCAUCUUCUUCGUCGUCAGUGAAACCGAUCUCUAACACGGCGGUUAUGGUGGCCAAGAAACGAGCCCCACUGGGUAACAUCACUAAUCAAGGGAAGGAUUCACGAAUAUUCCCAAAUUCAUCUUCUGCUGAUUCCGCACAUUGUCCGAACAAGUCUGCGAAAUUGAAGUUGGCACCACCAACAACACAACCUGUUUGCGUUAAUGCCUGUGAGACAAAGUCUACAUGUGAAGAAGAAGUGUCUGCUGUCGAGAGGAAGGCAUUUAGCAAUCUACACAUAACCCCGAGUUCAGACACAACAACUAAUGUCAGAAGAGAUGUAUUGUCUGAAACGGAGAAUAAGGAGGAUAAGUUUAUCAACAUCGACAAUAACGACGAUGCGGAUCCGCAGCUCUGUGCAACGUUUGCUUGUGAUAUUUACAAUCAUCUCCGUGCCGCCGAGGCAAAGAAGCAGCCUGCCGUUGACUACAUGGAGACAGUUCAGAAAGAUGUUAACUCUACUAUGCGCGGAAUCCUUGUUGAUUGGCUUGUUGAGGUAUCAGAAGAGUAUAGGCUUGUACCGGAGACGUUGUAUCUGACAGUGAACUACAUUGAUAGAUAUCUAUCUGGCAAUGUGAUUAGUAGACAGAAGCUUCAGUUGCUUGGUGUGGCUUGUAUGAUGAUAGCAGCAAAAUAUGAAGAGGUAUGUGCACCACAAGUCGAGGAGUUCUGCUAUAUUACUGAUAAUACAUAUCUCAAGGAUGAGGUUCUUGACAUGGAAUCUGCUGUUUUGAAUUACUUGAAGUUUGAAAUGUCAGCUCCAACAGUCAAGUGCUUUCUAAGACGCUUUUCUCGGGCUGCCCAAGGGGUUCAUGAGGCUCCGUGUAUGCAGCUAGAGUGUAUGGCCAGCUACAUUGCGGAACUGUCGCUUUUGGAGUACACAAUGCUCUCUCAUCCUCCUUCACUCGUUGCUGCUUCUGCCAUUUUCUUGGCUAAGUAUACUCUAGACCCAACAAGAAGACCGUGGAAUUCGACGUUGCGACACUAUACGCAGUAUGAAGCGAUGGAAUUGAGAGGGUGUGUGAUGGAUCUCCAACGGUUGUGUAGUAACGCUCAUGUCUCUACUCUUCCUGCUGUAAGGGACAAGUAUAGUCAACACAAAUACAAGUUUGUGGCAAAGAAGUUUUGUCCAUCAAUUAUCCCACCAGAUUUCUUCAAGAACAGCUAGCUGUAUUGAUUGAUCAAUUUUCAAAAUUAACUUUGUUCCAAUCUUGCGUUGGAUUGUCCUUUUUUUUUUUACUUACUUUGUCCUUUGUUCUUGGUUAAUCUCUUUGUCUCCUUUUUUAGCUA